AUGGAAGCAAGAAGUGGAAUGCACAUACUCAGUGCUCCAAGCACCAAAAGUCUGAAGUAUGCGAUCCAAUCUGGUCUCAUCAAGAACUGUCAUAUCACCGAAGAAAUCUUUGGACCUGACGCCUCUACAUUGAAAGGCAAGUCAACAAGACCAACUCCAAAGAAGACGUACGACGACUUCUUCAGUCCACCAGAGGAAUUAUAUCAGCACAAUCGAUCUAUUACCGUCUGUAUUGAUCACAUGGAGAUCGAGAAUGCUAAGUUUCUCACCUGCAUUGAUACCACUGUGUGUUAUCGCUCAUGUAUUCCCAUGCAGAACCUGAAGACUGACCCUGUAUUUGAAGCAUUGGAUAAGAUAUUCCGCCGCUACAACAAGGCAGGCUUUCAAGUCAAGAUCAUCAAGUGUGAUCGCGCGUUCCUUCCUCUCAGCGAUGAUAUGCUAGACGAUAUGGGUGUUACUAUUGACCCGGCUGCAGCUGGAGACCACGAGCCUACCGCUGAGCGAAACAAUAGGACGCUGAAAGAAAGAGUCAGAGUAGCUUUUGCACAAUUACCCUACAAAGUGGUCCCAAAAGUGAUCACUGUCUUGGACGUCAAGCCGCCGAACUAUUGA